GUCAACGGCGUGAGGGUCACUCCUCCUUACUCCCCCACGGAGGGGCUCCAGAUCACCCAGAGGGGCCGCAGGCUGAUUGUGGAGACCAAUUUCGGUUUCUCGGUCUCUUACGACGGCCACAAUUCUGCCGAGAUUGUCCUGCCCAGCACCUACAAGGAGCGGGUUGGCGGCCUCUGCGGGAAUUACGACGGCCGUCGCAACAAUGAGUACAUCAAGCCAGACGGGACGCGGGCCCGGACGCUCAACGCCUUUGGCAACAGCUGGCAGGUUUCAGUCAAGAGCAAGGAGCUGGACGGAGGCAGCUGGACCCUCGGCCGGGCCAGAGCCAGGCGUCAGGAACCGGAAGAGGAAGAGCCCGAAUCGGGGUUCGAGAUGGACUGUACCCCAGACCAGCUGGCCUUCGUCAACGGGACCAGAGCCUGCGGGGCCUUGUCGGACCCCAGCGGCCCCUUCUCGGCCUGCCACGCCCGGGUGUCCCCUGGCCCUUUCCACGAGAGCUGCGUCUACGACCUGUGCGCCUUGUUUAACGACACGGAGCUGCUGUGCCAGGCCCUGGAGGCCUAUGCCCAGCUGUGCCGGGAGCAGGAGGUGGACCUGGGGCCCUGGCGGGAGAAGAUGGGCUGUUCCUCAGCGGGCUGGUCAGCGUGCCCUACGGCCAGUGCGGCUGCUCCAGCAACGGCCAGUAUUACCAGAUCAACGAGACCUUCGUGACGGAGGACUGCUCAAAGCGCUGCACCUGCCGGGCCACGGACCUCCUGGAGUGUUUCCCAGUCGGCUGCGGCCCUGGGGAGAUCUGCGCCGUCUCCGACUUCAUCCGCGGCUGCUUCCGAGACAACGCCUGUGUCAGCAACCCCUGCCAGAACGAGGGGAAGUGCCAGGUCACCCCGGAGGGCUUCAAGUGCGCCUGCGUCGAGGGCUACAUCGGACCCCUCUGCGAGGACUCCCCAUUUGAGAGUUCGACCCCAGCGCCCCCCAAAACCACCACGCUCAGCACCACCCGGACCCUGCCAGAUGUCAGCCAGACGACAGGGAGCCCCCCGGGACCCGACUUGCUGACCAUCCUGCUGAGCGUCUUCAUCCCCCUGGCCGUCAUCCUCCUCCUGACCCUGAUCGUCCUCUGCGUCUGUCGGCACCGGAACCACGGGUACCAGAUGAAGCUGGAGGAAGACCACGUCUCCAUCAUCUCCACCACAGGCUUCCCUGGCUUGUGAGGCCCCGACCCACCAGAAGAGCCUCCCCCUCAUCCAUCCCCUCCCACCUCGGUCAGCCCAGGCUCUCCCCCACCCUGAUCUCCAGAGCCGGCUGAAUUGGGAGACGAGUGAGGGGACCUCCUCCCUGACUCCACCCAGAUCAACAGGCACUCCCCAAG